UUCUUUCUUUUUUCAUUUAUAUCAAAAGGACAAAGGUAUAUUAUCCCAAAUUCAUUUUUUGGGGUUCAAAAUCAUAAUGGAGGAGGAAAACUGUGAAACACACAAGGCUUUUGUGGAUGAGGCCCUCUCUCUUCCCCUCAUCCGAUUUGGUUUGAAAUGCCCACCUCCAAAUGCUCAUCCAUUCUCUCUCCUUCUUCCUAUCUCUCUCUUAUGAAUUGCGGAAGAAUAUGAACCCCACCCGGUUUGUCUUCAUGCCACCUCAUACUUAUAAGCUCUUUGUUGGCGCUUCACUUCAGCUCAUUCGCUAUUUAUCUCUCUAUCCAUUUUAUACUACUCUUCAUGCACUCUGCUGCAUAGUGUUCGGACCCAAGGGAAGCAUUGACAGUCAACUAUUGAAAUGGAGAUAACCAACGUCAGUGAGUAUGAGGCCAUUGCAAAGCAGAAAUUGCCAAAGAUGGUCUUUGACUACUAUGCAUCAGGAGCAGAGGACCAGUGGACUCUGGCUGAAAACAGAAAUGCUUUCUCAAAAAUUCUGUUUCGACCCCGUAUUCUUAUUGAUGUAAGCCACAUAGACAUGACCACUACUGUUUUGGGCUUCAAAAUCUCAAUGCCAAUCAUGAUUGCCCCAACAGCUAUGCAGAAAAUGGCUCAUCCUGAAGGUGAAUAUGCUACCGCUAGAGCAGCAUCAGCAGCGGGAACAAUUAUGACUUUGUCUUCAUGGGCUACUUCAAGUGUUGAAGAGGUUGCUUCAACUGGACCUGGAGUCCGUUUUUUCCAGCUCUAUGUCUACAAGGACAGGCAUGUUGUUGCUCAGCUAGUGAGAAGAGCUGAAAGGGCUGGGUUCAAGGCUAUUGCUCUUACAGUUGAUACUCCAAGGCUGGGUCGCAGAGAAGCUGACAUCAAGAACAGAUUUACUUUACCUCCAUUUCUGACAUUGAAGAACUUUGAAGGUUUGGAUCUUGGAAAGAUGGACGAAGCUGCUGACUCAGGACUUGCUUCAUAUGUUGCUGGUCAAAUCGAUCGUUCUCUUAGCUGGAAGGAUGUGCAGUGGCUUCAGACAAUCACUAAACUGCCUAUUCUAGUGAAGGGUGUUCUCACUGCUGAAGAUGCAAGGCUUGCGGUACAAGCAGGAGCAGCUGGGAUUAUUGUAUCCAAUCAUGGAGCUCGCCAACUUGAUUAUGUCCCUUCGACUAUUAUGGCCCUAGAAGAGGUUGUCAAAGCUGCACAAGGGCGUAUUCCUGUUUUCUUGGAUGGUGGUGUUCGUCGUGGAACAGAUGUCUUUAAAGCAUUAGCACUGGGUGCAUCUGGCAUAUUUAUUGGGCGCCCUGUGGUGUUCUCUUUGGCUGCUGAAGGAGAGGCUGGCAUCAGAAAAGUACUCCAAAUGCUGCGUGAAGAGUUUGAGCUAACCAUGGCAUUAAGUGGAUGCCGUUCACUCAAAGAAAUCACCCGUGACCACAUUGUGACUGAGUGGGACACUCCUCGCCCUCGCCAUUUGCCCAGGUUAUAGAAACAUUCGUGAAUGGUGGUGGAGAAAUGUUUACAAGCACAGAGUUUAUGUGAUCCACAGCCUGCCUUUUCUCUUGAAUUCCUUAUUUCUGCUUUCUGUAAUGAUACUGGAUGGUGAGAUAAUAUUUCAUGGCUACUGCUGCCUUUCACUGUGUAUUCUUUACAUAAAAUCGGAAAUAUAUGGAUGGCCAUAUAAUUAUUGCAACA